AUUUUGCUGUGUUGGUCCAGGAAAUACAUCUAUCCCAACCAUGCAGUUGGUACAAUAAAAGAUGUCACCCAUAAUGAUUCUUGCCUCUUGCAAAAGCACUUAAGUAAUUUAGGCUUAAAUCCAGUUUUCAGAAGUUACUGAGGCACAAAAACUUGACUCGCUGAAUGUUAGUGAGAUUUUUUUUAAAUACUCUUGAAAAUGUUAUGCUUCAGCUCCCUUUUUGAUGUUUGCUUAUGACCAAGAUAUAUGUAUGCUUGACCUUAUAUUUUAGUUACAAAAAGAAAACUGUUUGCUGUGGACUUUAUUUACAGGCCACCUUCUCCAUUAUCUCUUCUUGAAAGUGCUGUCUUUGGAAUCUAGUGGUUUACUGUGCUAAUGUAUGACAAAUGUAAGGAUAACUCAGAGUGUUUCUAGUCCCUGGUAGAAUUUUGUACCUUCAGAUGUGGCUUUCAUUACUUUGUAAAUUAGUUGCCUUUAUACAUUUCAAGGAAAGGUAUGAUGUGCAGCUGUUCUUAAACACUUAAGAUUUCUUGCUGUCCUUUAACUCUUAAUCUGGUCCUUUGCCACCUGAAGUGACCUAGCUGAUUGUGUGUUAAUGUUGGUUUUAUUUGCUUUGCAUCCAUGUAGCCAAACUGGUUCCAAGAAGACCUCUUAGCUGAUAAGACUCAACCAUUUAAGGUUGUAACUUCACUGCUCAUCAGUCACUUUAGGCUUUGCAUUUGAGGUACCUAAUUUAUACAUACAGCGUAGUCUUAUGAUAUGUUGUGGGGGGAGAUGAGAAACUUAUCAAUGAAUACAAAAACAUUAUUUUUAGACUUGUUUGCCAGGUUUGAUACUCUGCUUUACACAGUCAGCUAAAAGUAUGCUUCUGUAUGGUUAGUAUUGGAAACUUUAAUGCCUGAUACAAGGAUAUAGGCAAUAAGGCUUCAGUGAUUUUGUGUUCAUAAAGAGUUCAUUCUUCUCUAUAUUGUACCUUUCCAUGUUUAAUUGCAUUUUGAUGGCAUGAAGGUAUUAAGCAUUUAAAAUACAUGCAGAUAUCUUAGAAGAUUCAGCCCUUCUGUCUUUAAGACAUGUUAGUAACUAGAAAAUUGAAAAUUGGGGUCAUCCUCCCUUCAUAACUGGUGAGGAUGUUUUAACUUUGAUUAACUAGGCAAAGAGCUAGUUGAUACUUUGGGCUGCUCUGUCAUUAAUGUUUAGUAAAUGAAAGUAUGUGACCAACUCUAGUUUAAUUUCCAUUGGAGAGGAAUGUAAUGUUUUCCCCAGAGUCCUCUCCACCCUCUGACAGGGCAGGAAAGAUAUCUCUUUAGGCCUUACUUUGUGAUCCCAGUCCUGCAGGUGAGCAUAGCUCACAGUCCUAAACUCAUAAAAUUGCUUUUUAACCCUUUCACUGCAAGUAUAUGGGUGUAGGUAGCACCCUUUCAGUUAGGCUACUGGAUUGCUAUUGAUACCAACUUCUCACCUUCCCUCCUUCCAAUUUCCUUAAGGAAGAAGGAGCUGCACGCACCCUUUCUGACUCUCCAUCUUGUAUACAUUGUGGCUGCCUGAUUCUUCCCUCCUGUAGCCUUUCCUUCCAGUUCUUUUCCUGCAUCCCCUCUGCUCGUGGCACGUGGUUAUGUUUGGUGCGUUGUUCUAUUUUUCUCUGUGUUUAAAAUGCCUGUGCUUUGAUGCAUCUUCACAGCACUGGAACGUGGAUUGAAAGCCCUUAUUAGCACCAUGUGUGGUCAGAUGUUUGUUCAUACGAUGUUCUCAAACAAUGAUGAAGCUGUGAUCAACAAAAAACUUCCGAAAGAGCUGCUGCUUCGAAUAUUCUCUUUCCUGGAUGUGGUCACUCUGUGUCGCUGUGCUCAGGUUUCCAGGGCAUGGAAUGUUCUGGCCCUGGAUGGCAGUAACUGGCAGCGAAUUGACCUGUUUGAUUUCCAGAGGGAUAUUGAGGGUCGGGUAGUGGAGAAUAUUUCUAAAAGAUGUGGAGGCUUCUUACGAAAGUUAAGCCUGCGUGGGUGUCUAGGAGUGGGAGACAAUGCAUUAAGGACAUUUGCACAGAACUGCAGAAAUAUUGAAGUAUUAAACCUGAAUGGCUGUACUAAGAUCACAGAUGCUACCUGUACCAGCCUCAGUAAGUUCUGCUCUAAACUCAGGCACCUUGAUUUGGCUUCCUGCACUUCCAUAACCAACUUGUCUCUAAAAGCACUGAGUGAGGGGUGCCCACUGCUAGAACAGCUGAAUAUCUCUUGGUGUGACCAAGUGACGAAGGAUGGGAUCCAGGCUCUUGUGAGAGGAUGUGGGGGAUUGAAAGCCUUGUUCCUGAAAGGCUGCACGCAGCUGGAGGACGAAGCACUCAAAUACAUUGGUGCACACUGUCCUGAACUGGUGACUUUAAACCUACAAACUUGCUUACAAAUAACAGAUGAUGGUCUCAUUACAAUAUGCAGAGGAUGCCACAAGUUGCAAUCCUUGUGUGCCUCAGGCUGUUCUAACAUUACAGAUGCCAUCUUGAAUGCCCUGGGGCAAAACUGUCCAAGGCUUAGAAUAUUAGAAGUUGCAAGAUGUUCUCAGCUAACAGAUGUGGGCUUUACCACACUGGCUAGGAAUUGUCACGAGCUUGAAAAAAUGGACCUGGAAGAGUGUGUUCAGAUAACAGAUAGUACAUUAAUCCAACUUUCCAUACACUGUCCACGGCUUCAGGUUUUGAGUUUAUCACACUGUGAGUUGAUCACAGAUGAUGGGAUUCGUCACUUGGGGAAUGGUGCCUGCGCACAUGAUCGUCUGGAAGUGAUCGAGCUGGAUAACUGUCCAUUGAUCACAGAUGCUUCCCUGGAGCACCUGAAGAACUGUCAUAGCCUGGAGAGGAUAGAACUUUAUGACUGUCAACAGAUCACACGGGCAGGAAUCAAGAGACUCAGGACCCAUUUACCCAAUAUUAAAGUCCACGCCUACUUCGCUCCUGUGACUCCACCUCCAUCAGUAGGGGGCAGCAGACAGCGCUUCUGCAGAUGUUGCAUCAUCCUAUGACAUUGGAAUUGGUCCUCCUUGCAAACUGAGUAUUUAAUUAUACUUCUAGAAUUAUGGUGGACACCAGUAUCUUCAAGGAAAGUGAUCCCAGUGUCAUUUGCAAGGGCCAGUGAAAAGGGGGCUGUGGUGCCAGGCCCCUGUAGCCACCCAUACACACGCAUAUACACACACCACCCGUUCCAGCAAACUGAUGAACUCUACGACAUGGGAGCUGGAUCUGUGUUGGCAUUUCUGUAGGUGGAUUGGUAUAAUUCUGAACCAUUCCUACUGGGCAUGCUCAGAAGAAAUCACAGGGGGGGGAGGGUGUGUAAACCCCAAAUAACUUGCUGCUGCUGUUGAUGAUGAAAUAGUAGUGGAAACCCUUCGAAGUGGGGAGAGGGAGUGAAAUGAACAUGCUUGAAUCUUGCAUCCACUGUCCAAAAAAAAGGUUUUGUAUCCAUUCUUCAGUAAGGGAAUGAAAACAGCAGCCAUUGUGAGACAUGAUUUACUGUGCUUCUGUACUUCCUUGUUCCCAUGCUAACCACACUGUGUGUGCUCACAUUGAAGGUUCAUCAGUUUCUUCUGUGUUUCGUAGCAUUCAACUCAGAGGCUUCCUAGAUUGUUGUGAUAUAGCUUGAAAUCUGUAAUGUCAGGCUCAUUUUUUUUAUCCUCCCCCUCAUUUUUUUACAGAUUUAUAAUCCAGUAAUUUUUCAAGAUUAUCAAACACAAAAGUUAUGUAUCAAUAAAAAGACACUUUUUACCAUUAGAAAGCUGAGCCUGGAAUUGCCUGUCUGAUGGCAAGACCUUAAAUAGACAGUUGAAGGCACAGGCUAGGCUUUCAUGGGCUUACUUGCCCAUUUUUACCAAUUGCUGGCUCUCCAAACUUUUUGCAUUUCAAGUUUUACUCCAGUGAAAAUGUAGCUCACAAUAUAGAGGACACAGCUCUAGUUCACAGUCCAAUUCUUGAUUCCCUGUCCUUUCCCCAAAGAAGCAAAAUCACAUUACUCUUUAUUGUCAUGGUCAAGGAAUAAUGAUUCACUAAUUAAAGUGGAAAGAACAGCAGUCCUGAAAAUCUGUUGCUGGUUAUUGCCACAUUGCUGUAUACUGAGUUUGUAAACUUUCAGCAGUUUCACUGACUUCUGCAUAUUCCACAGGUAAGUGUCUUGCCCUGGAGUGAAGUGUGGGCUCACUGUAUACCACAAGGACAUAUCUUGCUUUCAGUUCCUCACCUUUCAAACAAGGGGAAUGUCCUCACCUGUUAAUCAGCUAGAUCUGUGUACCAGCUGCUUUUUGGAAUAAUUCAGGCAAAUUUAACCCAGGUGCUUCAGGUGAAAGAGUCUGUGCCAGCCUCGGUGAACUUACUGCUUUCCUCAGUGGCGACACGUAGGGGAUGCACGGGAGUGCAUGGUUACCCCCUGAGAGCACUGGUGCACCCCCUGACAGGCAGCACUCCCUGCUUAGGUGACAGGCGGUGGGGCAGGCAGGAGCGCUGGUGCCCCCCUUGAGUGCCAGCCAGGGAGUGGGGACACUAGCUGAAGCACCACUGGCACUUCUGGGAGCGCUGCUUGCGCUUCCCGGUCAGCAAAAUCGACUGCAGGGGGACGACCCCCUCCCCCCCCAGGUUGCUGACUGGUUGUUGGGAGGGCAUGUGCCACUCAGGCAGCACCAGUUGCCUGUGGCUUUCCUGAUGCCUGGAGUCCAGGUUGCCUGGUUACAAAACAGGCAAAGCAGAUGGGCUGGCAGCAAAGGCUUAAUAGGGCAGAGCUUGGUCAGACUGUAACAGGUUCCUGGAAGAUGAUAUCAAGUAUAAAUAAUUGCUCUCUCUGCUGUCCACACUUAAGGGAGAGAAGGGAGAGUAUGGAUUUGUGAAUUGGUCCCAACU